AUGGCAUCCCUCAAGCGAGAGGUUGGGGGAUACGGCCUGCCUGCAAAUCCCUCUGAUGGCGUACGGCCCAAGAAAACGCAGGCUUCUGCCGCAGGCGGCCUGCCUCGACCUGUCAAUUCAAAUGUCGUUCGGGAAGCAACUUCAACCAAGCCAGAACAGCCCAAACAACACCAUUCGAGAAUACCAAGUAGGUCGAUGCGACCAACAGGAAGAUCAGAAUCCGGGCUGCCAGUUCCUACCUCCCCGUCACAGAGCCACGAACCCAGGCGACUGCCCUCUACCAGCGUUUCUGGUUCCGCUUCUUCUCGAAGUCGGACCCAGGGCAGCCUCGACUCGUCCUCUUCGGGCAUAUCUUACGACAGCAGCCUGAAAAGUCUGGGCGAAAACUCCACUAAAAGGAGGUCGAUUACAUCUCGCAACGUAACAGUCCCCGACGACAAUCGCCGCGUUUCGCCAUCACCCAAAAGACAGUCCAUGGCAUCGAUUGAUGAAGCGCUUGAUGUUUAUCUCGAUGUUGGCUCAAGGUCGGCAAAGCCAGAUCCGACAGCCUCGAAGAAAUCACCGGACUUGUCCUCGGCCGCUCCAAAGGCGCCAUUCAUCUAUCCCGAGCUAGACCGCUAUCGCAACCAUGAAAUGCAAACCUCACUGGGGCUCCGCAGGCCAUCUACCGAAGGUCUGUACAAAUUAUCAACUCAUGACCUACCGCCUCCAACUCCUGCUAGCGUCGUCUAUUCAGGAAGUAGUUCACAGUUGAGUGCGGUCAGUGCUAGCCCGUCAACCAAGUUCUCCGUGUCUCCUGGACCAGGCCCUUACAGCCGCGACACUACACCAACUUCAUUCUCGUCACAGUCGCCCGGUUUGGUUGCACCCAGCCGACCAAGCUACUACACAAAGCCGAAACAAACAAGCCCAGCCUACUCUAGGCCCCCUGUUACCCGCCGACGAACUGGCAGCAUUUCUCAGGACGCUGAUUCAACAGCUGCCGACCCCCGGGGCCUAGAUGCUGUUCGAGAAUCUGUUACUUCCUCUUCAUCAAGCUCAACCGUCCGAGAUGGGGGCAGAACUACGCCGCGAAAGCGCUCAGGCAAGAUUUUAGCUGCGCCACCUAACCCACCGCCCAGGAAGUCGUCCCAGAGAUUCCGAAGAAGCAAAGAAGACAAUGCGACGGAAGAAGAAAAGAUGCCAGAUAUUGGCAGUAAAGGAAAAGGCACAACUUCACCCCCGCAAAGGCCAGCAAUACCGCUUCGCCCGAGUCGCAGAGGAACACCGGACUUGAAAUCGCAAUUGUUCGAACCUAUUCCAGUCAUCCAAAGCAACUUGCGCAGUAGCAAACCCAGCUUGGGUGACAGAAGGGGAAGCGAAUCCGCCAGCCACUCGCGCAAGUUAUCGUCCCCAAUCAAGCCCAAGAAGAAUGCAUCGGUCUCGCACAUUCCAGUUGAGACGAACAGCGCUCCAGCGUCGAACCCAGCAUCCCGACCACAAACGGCUAAGUCCACUUCGAGCGGUAAAUCCUUUGCAACUAGCCGUUUCAACUUCUUUGUACGCAGAAGGGCGAGCGAGGAUCAAGAAGAGACAAAGGACGCACGGAAGCUUGCAAGAAAAGGUCCAGCGGCUGGCACAGGCCAUGAAGGAUACGGAAAGAUUGGUGCUGUGCGUCGCCGGAGCGGUGGUGCCCCUAACACCUACAAUUAUGCCGGGCCACAGGCAUCGCAAGAGACAAUCACAAGUGAAGACUCAUUCCUCGCUGACCGCAUGAACCCUGUCGUCAUUGCCGGCGGCGGAGUGAUAGAAAAUAGGAAUCAGAGCCUCGAACAUUCCCCAGUGGACUGUAAUGCUGGUCAGCCUUUCAGCAGCGAGAUCGUUGAGCACUCAAGCAAACUUCAGCCAUCUCUACUACCAUACCGGGAACAUCGUUUCUACAGCAGCAGCGACUCUGAAGACGGAAUCGAACGACCGACUUUGGCUCUUCGCCGCUCGGUCCAGAGAUUACAAACCGCUCCCGAUAGCCCUCUUCGUCUACCACAGCCUAUCAAUACGUCAGGUAUAUCGGGCUCGCCUCUCACAAGCAUCGGCACAAGCAUAAUGUCUGACGACUCUCAAUUGGAGCUCCACAGAGAUCGCUCACAAGACUCUACCAUCUCACAGCAAGCUCCUCGCAAGUUGAAGAAGAAACAGCGUUCGCCGCGAAAGUGGAACUUCUUCGGGCGGACCAAGACUUUGCCUGAACCCGAGAAGGUUUCAAGUGCUACUGUUGCUGCGACUGUGACAACCGUGGAAGUUGACAAGCGUCCUGUACCCUUCUAUGCGAUUAUGGAUCCUUCAGAACAUGGAGAUGCCGAGGACCCCCAAGUCCACGACGUCUUAUAUGCCGCGAAUCUUCUUCCACAGUGCCCCACGGCUAGCUACUCUGAGAUUCAACACCCAUCGCCUGCUCUUGAUAGUGCCGUGACUGCCAGCACGUCAGCGCCUGCCUUGAACGAACGAGUUAUCCCAGGGCCGGUCCGCAGACCGAGUCGAUUACAGCAAGUUGGGCGCAUUCCUAAAGUUGCCACUCGCUACCACAAUCCUGCCUCUCCCAGAAGCUUUUCCCGACCCUUCGGGGCGAGUUUGUCACGAGAUCCUGGUUCUGCGGCACCAAAGGAGGCUGAAUUAAUGACGACAGGCCUCGAGCCGUUAUCCUCAAAAGCAGCCCCCGGUUUGUACCUGGGCGAGUCGAUGCCUGGAAACACUACUCAUACUGUUUCGUUAGAUUCCCAUCACAACAGCAGCACCAUUGGUGACACACCAAACGGAGAAUUUUUGUCACUUUCGCCAAGAAAGUUCUCUGUUGGGACGGCUUGCACAAGCUCUAGCUCGUCCGGGUUCUUUGGCUACGCCGGAGCUACAGCUAUCAUCCCUAAGCCAGAUGAUCCACCGGCUGAAGAUGAGGUUUGGGAUGAGUACAACGAUCUUUUGGGAGAGGACCAAGAGCGUCUGAGGCGAUCCACGACGUCUUCGCGAGGUAUUCCGUUCCACCUGGAAGCUUAUCAAGAGAAGCUCGGUAAAGGAACUCGGCUUGAGUCCCCGGUUGUCGCAGAGAGAAAAAUUUCCAUGCUCUCCGACGCGUCGCGUUCAAGCUAUUGCAGUGCCGACAUGACUGAGAGGCUGAGGGCGGCGUUCCAGCCGCACCACUCUACCUUAGCUACGGGUAACGAAAGCGUCCGGACGAAACGAAGGAGUACCGAGCCUGCUGGAUCGCGGCGUCACAGCUCUGGCUCUGUCAAGACUCGAUUUUCUGGGAGCAGCUCCAGUUCAUUCGACUACAGCUCACCAUUGGCGCAAGUCAAUCUCCGCGUCGGCUCCAUGACUGUCAGCAAGUGGCUUACGUUUGGGCAUGUUUUGUUCAGUGACAUUCGUCACGAAUUGAUAGUAGACAAGUCGGACUCUAGAGCCUCUCGCCACUCUAUCUUGGUAAUCGACGGACUUGGGAACGAUGACUGGUCUUUCUACGUUGCCGAGACUUUUCCCAAGGCCAACUUUUACAAUCUCUCUCCAAGAGCUCCAUUGGCCGAGAGGACUAACAAGGGUGAAACAAGUGCGCUCCUCAGCCCGCCAAAUCAUCAUCAAGUACAGUAUCUCAGCCAUCUGGCCAAAUUCCCUUUUGCUCCCCAGAGCUUUGACUCUGUCGUGUACCGAUUCCCGAUCGCUGCGCCCGAAUCGCACUAUCGCAACAUCAUUGCCGAGUCGCGGCGUGUCUUGAAGCCUGGAGGAUAUCUCGAGCUGGCCAUUCUUGAUCUUGAUCUGAACAACAUGGGUAACAGGGGACGACGCACGAUUCGGCAACUCAAAGAAAUGAUUCAUGAGCAGUCGCCUGCGACGAGUCUCGCCUCGGCUGCCGAUAUUCUGGUCAAGCUGCUUGGCAGAGGCGGCUUCUCGGGCAUACGGGCCGCCAAGGUCGGGGUGCCCGUGGCAAGCUCCAUCGUCCAGCCCAGAAGCAGCAGCAGCUCAUUCACCAAGAAGCCGUCACCGCAAGCGCCGCUUAGCCUCUCGGACAUGAUGAAGGAGAAUGGCCCUGCCGCGGACGCCAACAUUACCAAGAUGGUGACGCGCGUCGGCCGCUGGUGGUACACGCGCUGCUACGAGAACGCAGCGGGCGCCAAAGAAGGGCGCAAGAGCAUUUGGGAUGACAAGGCGCUAUUGCAUGAGUGUCAAGAGCUAGGCACCAGCCUGAAGCUUACUGUCUGCUGCGCGCGUGCUCCAGACCGAGUGACUAGCCUGUAG